AAAAACAGAUAUAAAGUUGUGGCUAUUAUUAACUGCCCCAUUCAACAGCCAUGGUGAUUGUAACAACAUCUGGUUCAUCAUCAUCAUCAUGUCUACACGUUCAAAUCCUUCCUUGGGGCAAGCCCAUUCCACAAUUCCUGCAACAUUUCAACCAAAUCUACCCCAAUUGUAAAAGACCCAGCAGACAAAAAGUGCAGAACUCGAAUGGGGUCUUAUCAGUCACAGCGUACAUGGAGAAUCCAAAUUCUAUCUCUAGUUUUGCCAACAAAGUGCUUGGCUCUCUCCCUGUUAUCGGCCUUGUAGCUAGGAUUCUUAGUGAUGAAGGUGGAGUUGGAGGUGAUAUUAUAGAUUUUGCAGAGUUUAGAAGGAGAGUGGGCAAAAAGUGCACUAUUACUGAUUCUAGAGCUUUCUAUGAAUUCCAGGACAGACGUGGCCGGGCAGGGGAUCCUUUGUAUGUUCUACUUUGCUGUUGGCUAGCUGCUGUUGGUGCCGGUUUUCUCAAAUCCGAAGAGAUUUUGGAGGGAGUAGCGAGGCUUCGGCUAUCAAAUGACAUUGAGUUCGAAGAGCAGACUUUCAUGGCUUUAAUAAACGACACAAAAGAGAAACGAGCAAAAACAAAGACUGCAGCCGCUGCUAUCCCCAUGGAGGUACGGGUUGAGAAGGCACUUGAGGCAAUUUACAUCUGCUGUUAUGGGAAGGAUAUUAUUGAAGAAGAAGACAAGAGACUGCUGAAUGUCAUGCUGAGUUCAGUUUUUCAAUCAGUCGAGCAGCGUGAAAUACAAAGAAUUGUUGCAGAGAAGGCAAGAAAAGUGGCUGAUGGCAGUGACGAGGUCAAUAUUCAAGAGCCAAAGCCCUUGCCAAAAGAAGCUGUUAAGUUGCAAAUGAAAGACCUUCAAUUCCUUAAACAAAACACAGAAAUUUGAAUAGGAAAUGUUACUGUUAUCAUUGCUGUGACUUUUGGUUGAGUAUAUAAUAAUCGUAUUCUAGAUAAA